AUGUCAUGGCAGCCAAAGCUUCGCCCCAAGGGCUUCCCGCAUAGCAUUGAUGAUUUUGCGGCAGUGGCUUCGCUCACGGAGCUGGAGCAUCGGGCUCGGGCUGUCGAGGACAAGCGUGACCAGCGCGUCUUCCGGGUCAAGCGCAAGCAUGUUCUGAAGGCUUGCGAUCGCUGUCGCGUGAAGAAGACUAAGUGCGAUGGGAAACAGCCUUGCAAUCGCUGCUCGGUAUACAACCAUCCAUGUCUAUUCCGCGAAAGAAAGGCGACCCAAACCAAAGUAUACUCUAGAGGCUUCGUCGAAAUGCUCGAAUCCCACCACUCCCUGGUCGUAAAAGCCCUUCAGAAACUCUACAAAUUUUGCAUCAACAACGAAGGGUUUCCCGGCGAUCCUCUUGCUGAAGCCCCAGAUGGCCACCCCCUAACCCACGCAAUUCUCGACCGUCUAGGUCUAAUCAAACAAGCCGAAGAAAACGCCGAUGAACCAGAGGAGGACUCUGAAGACCUCCGCUACCUCCGCCUCCUCUCAACAUCCACAGAGUGCAGCGUCACAGCUGAGCCCUCCCCAGAACCAACAACGCCUCCAGAACCCUCCCCAACCCUCUCCCUCUCCCGGCCCCCGUGUCCAAUCCCGACGCCCACCUCAGCCCAACUCCGCGGCAGGACUGACACAGGCACAAGCACAACCGCAAGCACAAGCUGGCAAUGGGAUCUUCAGCCCGUCCAGCAAACAAGCUACAGCUACCCUGACGCAGCAUACCACGAGCUGAUGGCGUUACAGCAACGCUCGUCCCUCAGCGGGCCAGACAUGGGGGCUGAUAUCCCGCCCCAUGUCGACAUGGCGAGUGCGCCGUCCGGUCUACCCCCUCAUCAUAGCCAUGCUCACCACGAACCGUUCCCGUAUGUACUUGAUGGGUGCUGUGAUGGGAAUCAGCAAGAUGUCAAGCCUGUUUUGUCGAGGUUGCCGGCUGGUUUGAUGGAGCAUCCGCACCAUACGCAUCACAUGGACGGGAAUCUGUCUGCGGAGAUGAUGGGGGAGUACCAGUUUCCACAGGAUUCGGCAUUUUAUGCUGGGUUUACUCCUGGGUGGAACUUUCCUUCUGGGUAG